AUGGAGAAAGCUUCACAGCUAGUCGUCAUCCCAUCCGGCCGCAUCGGCCAUCUCGUCUCCGCUGUCGAGAUGUCGAAGCUCCUUGUUUCCCGCCACGACCAACUUUACAUCACCGUCCUCAUCAUGAAGCUACCCUUCGACUCCAAGGGCACAGAGGCCUACAGAGCCUCCCUCGAAGCCUCUCCCGUAUUGCCACGUGUCAACUUCAUCACCCUCCCAAAAGUCCCAGACCUAGACAAGCACCUCAGCUCCCACUCCUUCCGCAACCAGUUCAUCGAAAGCCACAAAACCAACGUCAAAAACGCGGUCGCCGAACUCACCGAGCCACAGUCCGAUUCAAGGCCUCGGCUUGCUGGCUUCGUCAUCGACAUGUUUUGCACAACAAUGAUCGAUGUGGCGGAUGAUUUUGGGGUUCCUACGUACAUGUUCUUCACUUCACCUGCUGGGUUUCUCGGGCUGCUGUUUAACCUGCAAAGAAUUCGCGAUGUGUAUGGCAAGGACGUCAGUGAGUUCAAAGACUCGGACACUGAGUUGUCCUUGCCCACUUUUGUCAACUCGGUUCCCGGCAGAGUCUUGCCUAGUGUGGUUCUGGACAAAGAGGGCGCGGAGACGUUUCUAAGCUAUGCCAAACGGUAUACAGAAACCAAGGGCAUUUUGGUAAAUACAUUCAAGGAGCUAGAAUCACAUGCUCUUGAUUCUCUUUCUGAUGGUGAAACCCCCCCUUUGUAUCCUGUGGGUCCCAUCUUGAAUCUGAUUAGUGAUGAGACCCAAUCGGGUUCGGAGCAGGCCCAACAGAAGUCUGAUAUAUUGGAGUGGCUAGAUGAUCAGCCUCCUUCGUCAGUGGUGUUCCUGUGCUUUGGGAGCAUGGGAAGCUUUGACGAGGACCAGGUGAGGGAGAUAGCGUUGGGGCUGGAGCGGAGUGGGCUCCGAUUCUUGUGGUCUCUACGCCAGCCCCCACCAAAGGGGACCGUUGUGUCCCCUGGUGACUACUCGGAUCUCAAGGGGGUCUUGCCCGAAGGGUUCCUCGAUCGGACGGCUGCGAUGGGAAAGGUCAUAGGGUGGGCUCCGCAGGUGGCGAUCUUAGCCCACCCGGCAGUAGGAGGGUUCGUAUCCCACUGCGGGUGGAAUUCCACGCUUGAGAGCCUAUGGUUCGGAGUGCCGAUGGCCGCGUGGCCGGUGUACGCGGAGCAACAAUUAAAUGCCUUUGAAUUGGUAAGGGAGUUGGGAUUGGCAGUGGCAAUUAAGAUGGAUUAUAGGAGGGACACCCAAGUGGUUGUGAGUGCGGAGGAGAUAGAGAGAGGGAUAAGGGAGGUGAUGGAGCAUGAUAGUGAUGUAAGGAAGAGGGUGAAAGAGAUGAGUGAGAAGAGCAAAAAAGCCUUGAUGGAAGGUGGCUCCUCACACUCUUCAUUGGGACAUUUUCUUGAUCAGAUUUUCCUUUGA